AUGUCUAAAACAAACCGCUCGACUAAUUGGCGCCGUAACGAAACAAAAAAAAUCAGAAAUGAUCUCGCUUUCGCAUUCAGUCAAAUCGUUACACGUGAAGAUGCCAGUGAUGUUGAAUAUGCGGUAAAUCAAAUCCCUCAUUCAAAUACUGAUCAGAAUACUGAUAGUGGUAUACUUGUCGUUUGUGAUCAAGAAAUGAAAUCACCUACUGAUUCUAAUUCGGAAGAAACAGAACAAAAGAAGAUGCACUCAUUACCAUUGAAAUUUGAACCUAUUGUAAUUAACGAUGAAAAUCUAGGUGUAAAUAUAGAUUCAGUUCAAAUUGCAGUAGCAUUAAUAACUUUAAAGUCGAGACAUCGUUUAUCUAACAAUUGUGUUGAAGAUAUUCUCGCUCUUCUUCGCGUACUUGGUGUUGAUGUUCCAUCAAGUUAUAAAGCGUUAUGUACUAUUCUACGGAAACGGUCGAGCACUCAUCUGAAUCCAUCAAAAUACACAAUAUGUCCUCAUUGUGAAGAUUUAUCAUCUGCCAUGCAUGAGUGUACAAACUGCGGAGCGAAAUAUUGGCCAAUUUCGUCAGCGAAUAUUCCAUUGUUUUAUACGUAUAGUAUUUCUCAACAACUGAGAGCGAUUAUUGCUACAUCUCCUGAUUUACUACUAAGUAAAAGUACAUCCACUAGCAAAGGAUCUAUGAGAGAUAUUACUGAUGGUUGUGUUUAUAAAAAACUGAAAGAAAAUCAAUCUGGUCUAUUUAUAACUCUUACUAUGAAUAUUGACGGCGUGCAACCAAACAAAGGAUCUGAUAAAAGUCUCUGGCCAAUCUUACUCGUUAUCAACGAAAUAAAGCGAAAAAAACGAUUUUCUCUUGAGAACUUAGUAAUUGCAGGAAUGUGGCCAGGACCAUCAAAACCAUCACGUACUCAAUUAUCAUUAUUUUUCAAGAAUAUUGUUACAGAGUUACAAGAACUAGAGCAAGGUGAUCUGUUUCGGCUUUAUUCAUCCGAUUAUAACGAUCACUCAGAGAUUAUAAAGAUUUUCUUAAUAGGUGCUUGUGUGGACAAGCCCGCUCAAUCUAUUGUACAAUGUCUAGCUGAACCUACGGCGUAUUUUGGUUGUGGGCAUUGUGAACUUGAAGGUGUUAGUGUACCAACAAAAAAAAAUGGUUCAGUUGUAAGUUUCGCAAUUUAUGAAAGUGAUCUACCAGCAAAUGAACGUACAAAUGAAAGACACGAUUUCCUUCUUCAACAAGUUCAUGAAAAUGAAACUGAGCUCGCUGCUAGUAGUUAUCGCGGUCGACGUGGUUUAAUUGAAAAACAUAAAACUACAUAA